AUGUCAGACAAAUUCGUUGCAUUGUUGUUGUUGGUGUGUGUUGUAACUGUUCAAGGUAAAGGGAAAUUGAUGACCCGAGAAGCAUGCUACGAUUAUUGCUCCAAAUCCAUGUUUUACCCUAAACCCAUUGGCGAUUCUAUAUGUCAAUAUCGUUGCCAAUUCCCUAUGUACGAAAACAACCCCGGUGUACCAACAGGAGUAGACUUGAAGGUAAGGAAAGCUCUUCCAAAUCAAACUGCGGCGAGAUCUCCGAUUCCAGCACCCAAAAUUCGUUGA